AUGAGCGGGGAUUUGAAAAAUCUGCCUCGUUUCAACGGAAGGAUCCAAGAAUUCGAUGACGAUGUUGUCGUCUUUCCUGCGCGUGAAGGUUUUGAGCCAGUGACUCUGGGGGACUUGACGGCAACCGUGGCACAAUAUAUGCUGGCUUCGAUUCAUGGAAAAAAUGCAGUUAAAGAAACGCAAGUUCGCCAGAUGACACGAUGUGACGACACCACGUGGAAUUGUAUUUUGAAAGACACAAAUAAGCGCUUGAGGAAUUCAUGUGGUCUUGCGAUUGUCAAAGACCAAGGAAAUCUCUACGUUUGCAAUGUAUUGCCCGCAGCUCCCGGCACAUCAUCAAAAUGCGAAUGGGAGGACGCCCGUCGGGGUUUACUGCACAUAAUUCUUGCUUUUAUCUUGAUGGAACAACACCCAUGUGCAGGAAGCGACUUUGGAAAAACAUCAUCGGAUUCAUUAUGGAAAUUUCUAGACUCUCUUGGCUUUGACUCAGAUCGUUCCGAUGAGAACCUUGGCAAUAUUUCGCAACUUAUUCAACAGUUCGUUAAAGAAGGCUGGCUAGCAUCUUCGAAAGAUGUAAAAUCAAGACAAGAACAAUCAGGACCAGUUUUUUACGAAUGGGGAGGCAAAGCACUUGGCACAAUUAGUCCACAGAUGAUUUAUGACAUGUUUUUGGAGAUUUCGAACGAAAAUGCCGACGAGUGGAGGAGUCACACCGAAAAAAUUGCGGACCUGCAAUAUCGUUUCUAUCAACAAUUCCGGCAAGAAAUUGGCAAGAAACCACCAGGUGGUAUGGGGACAGAGUUGGGCACGACUGAUGUUGGAGCUGAAAAAUCACAAGCCAAAACACAGUCCCAGCAAGGACAAUCACAAACGCAGUCUGAAAAA